AGUAAAAAAAAAAAAAAAUCAUUACUCUGUAAUUUCUUUUGGGAAAGGAAAACCCAUCAUUUUAGCCUCAUUGACUUAAUAAUUAACCAGUCAACCAGUAGUGUGAAUGCAGAUCGUUUCCAAACCCAAGUUCUAGCUAUUUAAGAUUCUGGAAUGGAAGAAAUUGGCAUUCCUUGAAGCUUGAAAAGCAUGGCAGCUCCACAGCCGCCGCCACCCAAAACCCGCAGCUGGUUCAGCUACUUCCGGUAUGAAGAAGGCCGAGACUCGCCGACCGACGCCCGGAACAUUCUCUUGGUGGUAGCCACGCUGAUAGCAACCGUAACAUUCCAGGCAGGGGUGAAUCCUCCCGGUGGGGUAUGGCAGGAUGAAGGACUAGGGCAUGUUCCGGGGAGGGCCAUCUAUGCUUCUCAAAAACACGCCUACUAUGUUUUCUUGAUCUCUAAUACCAUAGCUCUUUCAACGUCGAUUCUGGUCAUCAUCUCUCUCACCCACAAGUUCCCUUUUCAACUUGAAAUAUUGGCUGCAACGAUUGCCAUGUUGGUGACUUAUGGGUCGGCGAUCUUCGCUGUUACUCCAAAAGAAUCGGUGAAAUUCCGGUAUGUGUUGAUCGCCGCCGCUCUGCCUUUUACAUUAAGGUGUCUGAUUCAGGGGUUCCAUACGUGUAGGAGUAUGAUGUCUGACUAAGAGGUAUGUUGGGCACGGUUUGGGCUGCGUUGGUGUAUAGGAGUAUGUUAGUUGUGUGUGUGUUUGUUUUUUUUAAGUUUAAGUUAAUAUAAUUAACGAUGAAAAACGAGAUUGUUAAUAUUUAUAUUUUAAAUUUUUAAAUAUUACUAUACUUUUCAAAACAAGUUAUGGCUAUUGGCCACAAUGUUAGGCUCGGUUUGAGCUGCGUUGCUAUAUAGGAGUAUGUUAGUGUUUGUGCUGUGUUUAGGAUGUUGUUUGGAUAGGACUUGAUGAUGGUUUGUAUGAUGUUUGGGGUACUCAAUUAAUAAAUUAAUUUUUAUUAA